AUGUCUAUUAUCUCCCUUCGGCGUCUCUAUGUUUUGAGCAAUUAUUUGUAUUAUGAUCUCUUGCAGGAGGUGACACUGAAGAAAGAUGUGACUUUGAUAAAGCAUCCAAAGGUUUUUGUGGAUAUUCGGAAAAGGCCAGGACAGAACCAGCAUGGCUCGCUGAGGAACAUAAGAAAUAGUUUGCUAAGUUAUUAUAUACUAUAUAAUUUGUCAAAAGACUGGAUUAUAUCAAAUUCAAGUGUGUCGUCUUCUGCACCAUAUGUGGAGAUCAUUGAACAGCCAAAACAGCGAGGUAUGCGGUUCCGCUAUAAGUGCGAGGGGCGUUCUGCAGGAAGCAUUCCGGGAGAGCGAAGUACGGAUACUACAAAAACUCAUCCCACCAUAAAGGUAAACAAUUACCAAGGACCAGCCCGUAUAAGGAUAUCUUUGGUAACCAAGGAUGCCCCCCAUAAACCACACCCUCAUGAACUGGUUGGAAAAGAUUGCAAAGAUGGCUAUUAUGAGGCUGACUUAUCACCAGAUCGCAAUAUUCACAGUUUCCAGAAUUUGGGCAUUCAGUGUGUCAAAAAAAGAGAAGUUGAGGAUGCUAUUGCCCAGCGAAUACGGACAAAUAACAAUCCCUUCAAUGUACCUGUAGAAGAUCUCAAGUCUGACUUUGACCUGAAUACAGUGUGCCUUUGCUUCCAAAUUUGCAUACGUGACCCAACUAGAGGCCUUCUCCCUUUUCCAUUAGUUGUGUCUCAUCCUAUAUAUGACAACCGUGCUCCUAACACUGCUGAGCUGAAGAUUUGCCGAGUUAACAAGAAUUCUGGUACCUGUUUAGGAGGAGAUGAAAUUUUCUUACUUUGUGAUAAAGUGCAAAAAGAAGAUAUCGAAGUGGUGUUUGCAUUGGGUAACUGGGAAGCACGGGGGUCAUUUUCCCAAGCUGAUGUGCACAGACAAGUGGCUAUAGUUUUUAGAACACCUCAAUAUCAUGAUCCAGGAAUACGUCAGCCUGUAAAGGUCCAAAUGCAGUUGAGGAGGCCAUCUGAUAAGGAGGUUAGCGAACCUAUGGAAUUUCAGUAUCUACCAGAUGAAGGAGAUUUUCAUCACAUUGAGGAGAAAAGAAAAAGAACAUUAGAAAGUUUUAAGCACAUUGUGAAAAAUAAUCCGUUUGCAGGAAAUGAAACCAAGAACCAGCGCAGGAUUGCUAUACCAACACGCAGCAUUCCAAAACAAGAACCUGCACCAUCACCCAUCCGUCCAAGCACUCAGAUGUCAAGUCUUUCUUCAGUGUCUCCGUAUUUGCUAAAGCAUGAUGAACAUUCGGUGUCCACACUUCUCUCCACUGUGAAUAUCAGUGACUUUACCAGUAUUGGAUUUUCUCCUAUGCCUCCGGUGCAACAGCCUCCACCACAACCAACUGAAGAGCGUAUAGAUUUGGACUAUCCUUCUUUUACAGAUGAUGGAAACCUUGAUUUAGGAAAUAUGCUGCAUAAUGAUCCUGACGGCCACUGUGCCAGUUUAAGUUCUAUUGACAAUAGUGACUUUGGCCAACUUCUCAGUCAAUCCCAGUCUUCAGGUUCUUUUUCACAGGCCCUCCACGAAUCUAUGCCUAGUCAGAAUACCCUCAUGGCUUAUCCGGAAUCAAUUGCUCGGCUCAUGGCUUCUGGGUCUAACGAGGAGACUUGUGGAGAGGAAAACUCUGAAAGACUUGACAGCACCUUAAUGAAUGGGAUUUUUGACCUGCAGCAAGGAGACUGCUUACGCUCCAUUAUGGAUCUUGACUUUACAUCUUUCAUGACUAAAGAUGACUACAUGAAAUGAAUGAUUGGUGAAGAUGUAUUCAGAGCUUCGAUGCAGCAAAGCUCUAUGCCUUCACUAGUGGGUUAGGAAAUUCUUCAGGACACAGUUGGCCUUUAACUCCUUCAGGGUGCUUUUGCUAUUUAGGUGAUAUUGGGCCUACAAUGUUGAGGACUGUGCUGGCCCCAUCGGAUACCAUUCUGAUUCACUCUUACCAGAGUUAGAAGUAGCCAUGCUGCAUCUUUAAUAGCCUGAAAUAGUCUUGCUACGGGCUACUGUUGUAUGAAAUUAAUCGUAUUGCUGUGUAUUUUAAUGUAGUCAUCUAUUACAU